UCUUAGGGCUCGGUCCUUAAUAGAUCUACUUCCAAGGAAUGGAAAUGAGAGUGCAACAACAGCCACAGACCCUUACGGGCAGUGGAAAGCAUUUCUGCCACCAGUGCCCGGAGGGAAGACGGCCUUUGUGAUAGGGAUUAUAAACAAGGGGACUGGGGAGAAGAUCGAACUUGAGGACGUGGUCUUUGGAGACGUCUGGUUGUGCGCCGGGCAGGACAACAUGGCUUUCACCGUCGAAAUGUCGCUCGAGGGGGACAAGGAAAGUCGCGAUGCUGCUCAGGAUCCCUACCUGCGC